GUUUGAUGUUGAUGACAGCGACAGAGCUGUCAAGCUUUUCAACUUAACCUAUUUGUUUGCGUGCUACAAAAAGCACGUCGCCCUGUCGCCUAAAUUGUGAAUGUAAUUUUGCAAAAAUGGCGAAGUUCGAUUUGACUUCUAAAAUAGCUCAAUACUUGGAUCGGCAUCUCGUCUUUCCUUUGCUUGAGUUCGUUUCCGCCAAGGGAACGUACAACAAGAACGACCUUUUGAAAGCGAAAUUGGAUAUAUUGAGUAAAACCAACAUGAUCGAUUACGCCAUAGAUAUCAGGAAAGAAUUGUACCCAGAGGAAGAAGUACCCGAGGAUUUGAAAGAAAGGAGAUCGCACGUUGUUGCGCAGCUCCACCAGUUACAAGAAGAAGUAGAACCUAUUUUGAAGGUUCUUGAUGAUGAGGAGUUCACAAAGAAUAUGGAGACGAUGAGGGAUUCGAAAACACUCAUCAACUAUCUUACGAAUACCUACAAGAUUAAUAUUGAGAUGGUAGACAGUUUGCACACAUUGGCUAAAUACCGUUAUGAGUGUGGCAUGUAUGCAGUGUCUACUUCCUACCUCUACUUCUGCCUCCUAGUGCUUCCACCCAAUGACAAACACUACCUGAGUGCCCUCUGGGGGAAACUAGCCUCAGAAAUCCUCUACCAGAACUGGGACUCGGCACUAGAGGAUCUCAACAAGCUGAGAGAGUACAUCGACUCGAGUCCCAGUCAGUUUGGAGGCAAUGCCUUGCAACUACUCCAGCAGAGAACAUGGCUUAUCCAUUGGUCACUUUUUGUAUUCUUCAAUCAUGAGCUCGGGAGAGAAUAUAUCAUUGACAUGUUUUUGUACAGACCACAUUACUUGAAUGCCAUUCAAACAAUGUGCCCUCACAUAUUGAGGUAUUUGGCCACAGCAGUUAUUAUCAACCCUAGCAGGAGGUCUGCUCUGAAGGAUGUUGUGAAAGUAAUACAACAAGAGAGUUAUACCUAUAGGUGAGAGCUCAGUUUUAGGAUUUUUUCCAUAUCGGAAGAUAACUAGAAUUGUUUUCCAUAUUGGAAGAUAAUAAUGAUAACAACACUCAUUCAUUGGAACAGUUGUAGAAUCAGGGAUCCAAUUACAGAAUUCCUCGAACAUCUGUAUGUAAACUUCGACUUUGAAGGGGCUAGACAAAAACUGCACGAAUGCAAGUCAGUAGUUUCAAAUGACUUCUUCCUUAUCUCCUGCCUUGAUGCAUUUGUAGAAAACGCUAGGCUUAUGAUCUUUGAGACUUUCUGUCGGAUACACCAGUGCAUCAGCAUAGGAAUGCUGGCUGAAAAACUGAACAUGAACCCAGAUGAAGCAGAAUGCUGGAUCGUCAAUUUAAUAAGGAAAGCUGGACUGGAUGCCAAAAUUGAUUCAAAACUGGGUCAUGUGGUAAUGGGAGCUCAGCCCUUGUCGCCUUACCAGCAGCUCAUAGAAAAAAUUGAUUCCCUCUCAGUGAGAUCGGAAACGCUGUGUGGAAUCAUUGACAAGAGGUUAAGUCAGAGAAGUGAUAUACGUUGGGGAAAUCAGCAUUUUUAAGAAUCUAAAACAGAACUGCUAUUUUUUGUAUUAAAGCUAACGUUUUUCAUAUUGUGAAGUGCUGAAUAAAAACACUACAGCCA